AACAUUCAUUAUUUUCACCUGUAAAACAUAGUACUACACAAUACCUAGCUAGUAUCAAACUCAAAACAAUGCAUAUUCAAUUUCAAACUUGUCACUCAAUUAAGACACUUCCAUUAACAUGGAACAUUCCAGAAUCCAUUAACCACCGACCACAUCGCCACCUAUUACCACCACCAAAAUCCACCGUCACCACCACACUACCACCACUAAAAACCUCCAAAACCCACUCAAUGCCACCAGAAAAGCUAGAAAUUUUCAAAUCACUAGAAAACUGGGCUUCUGAGUCUGUUUUACCACUACUAAAGCCUGUGGAACAAUGCUGGCAGCCACAGAGUUUUCUCCCUGAUCCUUCAUUGCCAUUUGAUGAAUUUACUGAUCAGGUGAAGGUCCUUCGUGAUCGCACGAAGGACCUUCCUGAUGAGUAUUUUGUUGUGUUGGUUGGUGAUAUGGUGACGGAAGAUGCACUACCGACGUAUCAGAGCAUGAUUAAUGGUCUUGAUGGUGUUGGUGAUGAGAUUGGUGCUAGUCCAAGCCCGUGGGCCGUUUGGACACGGGCUUGGACUGCUGAAGAAAAUAGGCAUGGAGAUUUGCUUAGGACUUAUUUGUAUCUUUCUGGUAGGGUUGAUAUGGAGAUGAUUGAGAAAACUGUUCAGUAUCUCAUUGGAGCUGGCAUGGACCCCGGGACAGAAAACAACCCAUACUUGGGGUUCGUAUACACAUCAUUCCAAGAACGAGCAACAUUUGUAUCACACGGAAACACAGCUCGCUUAGCGAAAGAAGGCGGUGAUCCAGUGCUUGCGCGCAUAUGUGGUACCAUCGCAGCUGAUGAAAAGCGUCACGAGAACGCAUACUCAAAAAUCGUCGAGAAGCUUCUAGAAGUGGACCCCACAGGAGCAAUGCUAGCCAUUGGUGAUAUGAUGGAGAAAAAAAUCACAAUGCCGGCACACCUUAUGUAUGAUGGACAAGACCCCAAGCUAUUCGAGCACUUCGCAGCCGUGGCACAACGCACCGGAGUUUACACGGCCAAUGAUUACGCUGAUAUCUUGGAGUUUUUAAUCGAACGGUGGAGAUUGGAGAAGCUUGAAGGAUUAACGGGUGAGGGAAAAAGGGCGCAGGAUUUUGUGUGUGGGUUAGCACCUAGGAUUAGAAGGUUGCAAGAGAGGGCUGAUGCACGUGCUCGUAAGAUGAAACCACAUGGGGUUAAGUUUAGUUGGAUUUUUAAUAAUGAGGUUGUUUUGUGAGGUUUUUUUAAGUUGAGACUAGAGAUUAAGAGCUAGGGUUACAACAAGUCAAUAACUAAUCUUGACACUAAACAAGGAACUUUGGGUAGUGGGAGUGGAGAGUAUGAUGCUAGAAAAAUGAACAAUAUGUAUUUUGAGUUUAAUGUUGGAGAGGAUAUGGAUGUGUGCAUAGAUGUUGUUACUUGUUUGUGUGGAUGAAAAUAGUUGGGACUUUUGGUGUGUAA